GUCUCCCACAGGCGGCUGAGCUGCCUCCCGUUUCCUGAGAAGAGCAGUGGAAUGCAGUGGAAGAGACCCAGGCCUCCGGCCACCCAGAUUAGAGAGUUCUGUGCUGACGUCCCUAUAUGGUCGUGUUAGACUGGAUGCAGGGCUCAAGUCUGUCUGUGUUCCUUGUUUGGGAAGCAAGUGGGAGGGGAGCAGGCCAAGGGGCUAUAUAACCCUUCAGCGUUCAGCUUCCCUGAACACCACCCAGAGCAGAGAAGCCCAGCCCAGCACGAUCAGGGACCCGGUGAAGUAGCUCCAGCUAAGAUGUGUGAAGAAGAGGACAGCACCGCCCUGGUGUGUGACAAUGGCUCUGGGCUCUGUAAGGCGGGCUUUGCUGGGGACGACGCUCCCAGGGCUGUUUUCCCAUCUAUUGUGGGACGUCCCAGACAUCAGGGGGUGAUGGUGGGAAUGGGACAAAAAGACAGCUACGUGGGCGAUGAAGCACAAAGCAAAAGAGGAAUCCUGACCCUGAAGUACCCGAUAGAGCACGGCAUCAUCACCAACUGGGACGACAUGGAGAAGAUCUGGCACCAUUCUUUCUACAAUGAGCUUCGCGUUGCCCCUGAGGAGCAUCCAACCCUGCUCACCGAGGCGCCCCUGAACCCCAAGGCCAACCGGGAGAAGAUGACUCAGAUUAUGUUUGAGACUUUCAAUGUCCCAGCCAUGUAUGUGGCCAUCCAGGCGGUGCUGUCCCUCUACGCCUCUGGACGUACAACUGGCAUUGUGCUGGACUCUGGAGAUGGUGUCACCCACAAUGUCCCCAUCUAUGAGGGCUAUGCCCUGCCCCAUGCCAUCAUGCGUCUGGACCUGGCUGGCCGAGAUCUCACUGACUACCUCAUGAAGAUCCUGACCGAGCGUGGCUAUUCCUUCGUGACCACCGCUGAGCGUGAGAUUGUCCGAGACAUCAAGGAGAAACUGUGCUACGUAGCUCUGGACUUUGAAAAUGAGAUGGCCACUGCUGCGUCCUCCUCCUCCCUCGAGAAGAGCUACGAGCUGCCUGACGGGCAGGUGAUCACCAUCGGGAACGAGCGUUUCCGCUGCCCUGAGACCCUGUUCCAGCCCUCCUUCAUCGGAAUGGAGUCCGCUGGCAUCCAUGAAACCACCUACAACAGCAUCAUGAAGUGCGACAUCGACAUCAGGAAGGACCUCUACGCUAACAACGUCCUCUCUGGGGGCACCACCAUGUACCCCGGCAUUGCCGACCGCAUGCAGAAGGAGAUCACGGCCCUCGCACCCAGCACCAUGAAGAUCAAGAUCAUUGCCCCUCCCGAGCGCAAGUACUCUGUCUGGAUCGGCGGCUCCAUCCUGGCCUCUCUGUCCACCUUCCAGCAGAUGUGGAUCAGCAAACAGGAGUACGACGAAGCCGGCCCAUCCAUUGUCCACCGCAAAUGCUUCUAAAACACUUCCCUGCUCUCCGUCUGUCUCGAGCACACACUGUGAAUGUUUUGUGGAAUAAUGCCUUCUAUUCUUUUCCAAAUCAUUCCUAGCCAAAGCUCUGACUCGUCUCCUAUGUAUUUUUUAAUAAAUCUGAAAUAUGUUCCCUGUAA